AUGGAGGUGCAGCAGCGCCUGGAGGCUGUGCCCGUCCUGCACGAAACUUGGCGCGUUUGGCACCUCCAGCAGGGACGCGGUCAUGCUGCCCGCCUGCACUGGCGGCGUGCUUACCUGCAGGUGCAAGUUGAGGCCACACAGCGCAGUCUCAAGCUCCAAAAGCUCGCUUGGAAGUGCUGGCGAGAAAGUGCCGCUAUCACCAGGGCCCCGCUAUCGAAGUUUCGAAGGAGGCGUGCUGCGUGCUUCUGCGCGGCUGUGCUGCGUGCGUGGCGAGGUCAAAGCCGUCAUGAGACCCUGGCAGACGAAGCUGGGGAAGAUGUGGAGGCUUCAGACUGCCUGGAAGUCUCUGCGAGCACGGCAGAGGCCACAGAGGCCAACAUCACCUUGCGAGAUUUCCACCCUGAGACCGGCUGUGAGAUCAGUGCCUUCGAGAUCUCCACCAGCCUCUCGGAGAUCCGGGUGGUUUCUCCCACGGCCAGCGACUCGAAGCACUCGGACAAGGCGAGAGAGCCCGCGGAUCCCGCGGCUCUCGAGCUUGAGGUCCUUGAGACCGGCCUCCCUCCGGUGCCCCCCUGGCCCAAGCAACCCGUGGAGGCCUCAACUCCGCUCCGAUCCAUCUUGCGUUCUGUACCUUCGCCAUCGAGAUCUCGCUCUGCCUCCUUGGCAUCCGAUUCGCAGCAAGGUACACCGGAAGCAGACAGCUCAAACAGCGUCCGCAUCGGCAACUUGGGCGCCGUGCCGCAGUGGCCCUGCGCUGCGAUGCAGCAGGCGGCCAAAUCUCAGCGACGUGCCAGUCAGACGGGCAUUCUCCGCAGAUGCGCACUGGUUCUGGCCAUGAAGCACUGGCAGGCGUUUCGAAGAGGUUGCUGUCAACUUCGCUUGGCUUUGCGGGCCUGGCGGACGGAGCUCCAAUACGGGAGAGACGCACGCCCAG